AUGGAAGGGAGAGAGGAUCUUGAGAAAAUUGCAAUCACCUGGAAAGUUUUAUCGAGCAACCUGUUGGAGUUGCAAUCUGACCAGUUCCUAGUGAGUUUGGUCUUCUUGCUUCAAGUAUCACUGGUUUCUUCCUUCGUCCUACUUUGUUACUACCUAGCAUGGUCUGAGGAAAGAGUAGUUGAUAUUGACUUCUACCCAGAAAGCAUUGAUCCUUUCCUGUGCAGCCAUUUGGUUUAUUCCGAUGCCAGUGAGACAGCUGACAUGUCUCUAUGGAAAGAUGAUGAUUUAUAUCAAAGGUUUAAUGAUCUGAAAAAGAAAAAUAAGAAUCUGAAAACACUGAUGGGGUAUGGAGGUUGGGCUUUUGACAGUAGCAGUUUUAGCGACAUGGCAGCACAACAGAAUACUCGAACAAAUUUCAUCAAUUCUACAAUUGACUUUCUGCGAAGUCAUGGAUUUGAUGGUUUAGACCUGGACUGGAGGUUUCCUGCCUUUGAAGACAGCCCAGCAAGUGAUAAAGAACAUUUUACCCUCCUUGUCAAGGACUUGAAGGAAGCCUUUGAAGAGGAGGCAAAGGAGACUGGGAAGGAAAGACUCCUGCUAACAGCUCCAGUGGCGGCGAAAGAACAGAUCAUCAGUUCUGCAUAUGAGAUACCUGAGAUUUCAAAAUAUCUGGACUUAAUCUCUGUGAUGACAUAUGAUUUUCAUGGAGUGCAGGAUAAUUUCACUGGACACCAUAGCCCCCUGCAUCCUGGCUCUGCUGACAAUAAGUCUAAUAGUAUUGUAAGUAUUUGUGCAAAAGUGGAGCACGCUUUAAAAUACUGGAGGGAUAAGGGUGCAGCAGCAGAAAAACUACUUGUUGGAUUUCCAGCAUUUGGAAAUACCUACAAACUUAGUACCUCCCAAAAAGAUCUUGCUGUUCCUGCCUUUGAUGGUGGUUCCCCUGGUCCAUACAGUGGCAAAAGUGGAUUUUUGGCAUACCAAGAGAUCUGUGCAUUUUUGAAAGAUGCAUCCCUUCAAUUUAUUAAUGAUCAGAUGGUGCCUUAUGCAUUCAAGGGUAAUGAAUGGCUUGGAUAUGAUGAUCAGAAGAGCUUCAAGACCAAAGCUCAAUGGGUGAAGGAUAAUAAAUUUGGAGGUGCCAUGCUGUGGGCAUUGGAUCUGGAUGAUUACAAUGGGACUCAUUGUGCACAAGGAGUUUACCCUUUGACCAACACAUUGAAGUCUGUCCUUGACAUUAAAUUUACUGGAUACAUCCCGCUUCUUCGCAGUAGCUAUGAAGGUCCCAGUGAGCCACAAUGGAUAUGA